AUGGAUUCUGAACACACGGUUCUACUGUACCACACGGAGGUGAGAUGGCUAUCCCAUGGACAUGUCUUGCAGCGUAUAUUUGAGCUUUGUGAGGAGAUCAAGACAUUUUUAAAGGAUCAGAAGUUGGAUCUCUUUUCUUCAUUUGAUACCCCAGAGAUUGUGCAAAUGCUAGCAUACUUGACCGACAUAUUUACUCACUCAAAUGAACUAAAUAUUUCCCUCCAAGGAAGUAAUAAAAACGUGGUUAUUGCACAUGAAAAAUUGGCUUUCUUCAAAGCCAAAAUUCCUUUGUGGUUGAGAAAUAUUGAGAAGGGAAAUUUGGCUAGGUUUCCAUUGCUGGAAGAAGUUGUUGAAGAACACGAGUCACUACUUCCAGAAGUUGCCACAGCAAUAUGCAUUCACCUUGAACAGCUAUUAAAUGCCUUUGAUGGGUAUUUCUCUGCAGGAAAUUUGGCUAGGUUUCCAUCACUGGAAGAAGUUGUUGAAGUACACGAGUCACUACUUCCAGAAGUUGCCACAGCAAUACGCAUUCACUUUGAACAGCUAUUAAAUGCCUUUGAUGG